GGAGAGGCAGUGAAGGCAGUGUAGCCGUCGUCCUUGGCGGCGGGUUGAGGUUAUGCUGAUGGUGGUGGCAUGACAGCACUGGCUCAGCAAGAAGCCAGGGAAAAGGCCACGACUUGGUCUCUGCGUCAACGAGCGAGCCAGCGAAUGGGUCUGGGUCUGGGUCCGGAAGGUGGAGGCUGGGAACGAGGGUGUUGGAAGAGCAUCAUCGAGAGCCAUUUGGCAUAGUCGGUCUGUCUUUCAUGCAGCAAUCGGCCUGUUAUUAUAGUUGUAGGCCGGAGGAAGAGCUUUGAGGGAGUUGGGAAGUGCAGGGGGGAAAAGCCCACUCGAGCAGAUCGGUUCGACGCGCAAGUCUUGUGAGUCGAAAUGGCGAUGACCUGUAGACGUAGCUGUGCACGAUCUUUGCCCACUUUAGUGCGUAGCGCCGGACGCUGCUCAAUUUUCGAUUCACUUCCGAAUUCCUCCACAUCGUCUUCUUCCAUCCCUGCUGCGGAUUCUCCUUCAAACAGCUGGAAUCAGCGAGAGAGCUGGUCCAAAGCGCUGUUGCCUUCAGACAGCGUCGAAGGCGGAGAUGCACUUGGAACUGCGGCAGGACUAGGGAGACUAGUAGAUGAAGAUACAACUCACCCCAAAUCGCGUCCUUCCCAGGCUUUCCUCUCAAACACGGCAACUAGUCGAAAUUUUUCUGCAGAGGGAGAUUUCGCACUGCGAAACCUCAUAUCAAGCUGUGCGGCUGGGCCCCUCUCCAGGCCAGAGGUUACCAUAGGCCGUUCUUUAGGGUGCCACUUUUGGAAUACACAAUCUCCCGGGAGAAAUGAAGGCCAAACGAAACAGCUGAAGCGCAUAUAUACUAGCUCCUCAGGAUAUCAUGCUGCACCGCCACCUUGCCCAGAUUUAUCUCUUGAGGUUGACCUAAUCGGCUUUCAAGAUCAGGGAAAAUUGGACCCGUUUGCUCUAGUUGCAGAUGAGCUAACUCUUCUAGGGCAAAGACUUCGAGAUAUGGUGACGGCAGAGGUGCCAAAGUUAGCAGAGGCAGCGGAGUACUUCUUUAAGCAUGGUGUUGAGGGCAAGCGCUUUAGGCCAAUGGUGUUGUUAUUGAUGGCAUCUUCAAUGACAGCCCUUUCUCCGGACAAGGCUUUGAGUUACAGUGAGCAAAAAUUAUAUGAUGAUUUCGCCGAUGAGCGGCGGCGUAAGCAACAGCGGAUUGCCGAAAUCACAGAAAUGAUUCACGUAGCCAGCCUUCUGCACGAUGAUGUAUUGGAUCACGCAGACACACGGAGGGGUAUCGGUUCCUUAAAUUCUAUUAUGGGAAACAAGUUGGCAGUUUUAGCUGGAGACUUUCUUCUUGCAAGAGCUUCAGUAGCCCUGGCCUCUUUAAAAAACACUGAUGUGGGUUCUCUCAUUUCUAGUGUGUUGGACGAUCUUGUCACUGGUGAAUUAAUGCAGCUGACGUCAAAAGCUCAAGAGAUUCUCAGUAUGGAAUACUACAUGCAGAAAACAUUUUACAAGACAGCUUCUCUUAUGGCCAACAGCUGCAAGUCAAUUGCAAUAUUGGCGGAACAAUCGCGAGAUGUUGCUGAGCUUGCAUUUGAAUACGGGCGCCACCUUGGCAUCGCAUACCAACUAGUAGAUGAUGCAUUGGACUUCAUCGGGACGAAAUCCAGUCUCGGGAAACCAGCAUUGAAUGAUAUCGCACAGGGUAUAGCUACAGCACCUAUUCUUUUCGCGUUAGAGGAACAUCCUGAGUUGUAUAACUUAAUCAAUCGAAAGUUCAGGAAGGCCGGAGAUAUUGACGCGGCACUAGAGAUGGUGAUGAGUAGUCAGGGUAUCGCAAGAACUAAGCAGUUAGCCGCUUACCACGCCCAACAAGCUGCGCUUGCUAUUGCUGGUUUACCUCCCUCGUCUUCGCGUAGGGGUCAGCUUUGCAGGCGGGCUUUAACGGAACUGACUCAAACCGUCAUAAAUCGAUCGAAGUGAUUCUAUCUUCUCUUUAUGGCGCCGGAGUAAUUUUUUUGACCAAUGCAUUGUGAUGGGACAUAAUUUUCCCUGAUUAUAUUUAGAAAAAUUUAUCCUCGUCAAGCCAUCUGCCCACGUUGAUAUAGUCCACUUAGUUGAGGUUCACUCGAGGUUCGAUGAUGUUGCUUAGUCUCUUAGUUGCUGUUACAGCGUGUUACUACUGUAAAUUACCACCUAGUCAUUUCCUUUUUUUUUCAGGCUCGGUUAUCAAACUUUGGUAGGGUCUAGUUGUCGCAGUAAGCAGAAGAGUGACGGGCAGCGCUUGGAUAUAGUUGAAAAUCUUUACCAUCAGGAAUGAGCCGUUCUCAUUACCCUCAUUACGACGCCAUGGUGGGUCCAGAACCCUGCUCUGAUUGUAUUUUCGCAACGGAUACGUUCUGUACGCCCAUCAUUAAAAUGAUUGACCCAAAACUGACGAUACUUCAGUUGCUGGUUUUCUUUUACAACGGCAGAGUACAGGUAGUCAACUCAUAAGUACGCCGUCAACAGCACACUGGAAAGCCUUGCGUGAGUGAAUAACGAAGAGAAUGGGAAUUACUGCCUCCUCUCUAGGUUGAAGUUGUUUCCAUGUGAUGGACCUCUUUUGUGCACACCUUCACCCUUGUCUUCACUUGGUCCUAAAAAGCGAUUACUGGUACAAACGAGUGAAGCACUCGAUUUGUCAAUUUGUAUUAGAAUGGAGAGUAUCCAGUUGAGGCUAGAUGAAGAUGCAGGUGCUUAUGAUCUUUCUCUCUCGUGUGUAACCAAAUGGACAUGAACUUAAAUGUG